GAGACGCGUUAAAACCGGUGAUAAUGAAGAAAAAAAGUUGUCAGUUUGGACUUAACAAAGGCAGAGGAAAUAAUACUUCCUCCAGCCACACAGACCUGGAUAUCCUCCUUCGCCCCCCCUCUCCAUGUCGACUAAACGUCUCUUUUUCCCAAGACACACUGACAUACGCUCAGUCUCAGAAAGUGGUAGAGGUAGAGUUGGAAGGGAGGAUCCACCGUAUAAACAUUUUUGACCAACUGGCAGUUAUUACUGAGGAUGAGAUGCUGGCACAAGACCUGGCAGAGUGCAACAGCAACAAAGAAAACAGUGAGCAGGUUGAGAGCUGCAUUCGGCAGGGCCACACAACCUCAGCACCCAAAGGCAAAAAAAAAGAUAGCAAACAUGGUGGCCGAAUCAAGCGCUCCAGUGCCCAGCACUACAACCACUUGUUAAGCUCGGCUCAUCACAGUGAACUAGAGGGCCCUCUGCCCAAACCCAGCUUCCGCAGGGCGGACACUUUUACUCCCUCUGAGGCUUCUCCUCUUUCUGUAGCUUAUUACCGCUAUAUUGAGAAGUCCACAGAGGAAUUGGAGACAGAGGCAGAGUAUGACAUGGAUGAAGAAGACAUGGCCUGGUUGCAGAUGGUCAAUCAAAAGCGGGUUUCAGAUGGACAUGCGUCAGUACCUCCUGACACAUUUGAAUUACUGAUUGACAGGUUGGAAAGGGAGUCCAUUCUGGAGUCACGGAGCCAAGCUCUGUCCCAGAGCACUAUUGACGAGGACGCAUACUGCUGCGUGUGUCUGGAUGAUGAGUGCCUAAACAGUAAUGUCAUUCUUUUUUGCGACAUCUGCAACUUAGCUGUGCACCAAGAGUGUUAUGGGGUGCCCUACAUCCCUGAGGGCCAGUGGUUGUGCCGACGGUGCCUGCAGUCUCCAUCCCGGGCUGUGAACUGUGUGCUGUGUCCCAACAGAGGAGGGGCCUUUAAACAGGCCAGUGAUGGCCGCUGGGCCCAUGUAGUUUGUGCCAUCUGGAUUCCUGAAGUAUGCUUUGCCAACACAGUAUUUCUGGAGCCUGUAGAGGGAAUAAACAACAUUCCUCAUGCAAGAUGGAAACUUACCUGCUACCUGUGCAAGCAGAGGGGGUGUGGAGCAUCCAUUCAGUGUCACAAAGCCAAUUGCUAUAGAGCAUUUCAUGUUACCUGUGCUCAACGGGCUGGGCUUUUUAUGAGUAUUGAACCAGUAAGGGAGAUGAACGUAAAGAGCACUACAUUUGCUGUGAAGAAAACUGCAUUCUGUGGAAACCAUUCUCCUGAUUGUGCAAAAGGAGAAUACACCGAGGAAGAUGAAGGCUUUGUAGGGAGUAGGGGUAACAGAGGUCAAAGGUCAUACAUAUUUGGCCCACCACUGCAGCAAAACCAGCCUGGGGGCAAAAAGGAUUUAGCUACACAGCAAAAAAAGAAGACAAGAAAGAGUGCUGAUUUGGUGUCAAGGAAGCCAAUGGUCCUUGUCCCACAGAUACCAUCCUACAGGCUUAAUAAGAUUUGCACAGGAGUGUCUGUACAGAGGAAAAACCAGUUCAUGCAGAGGCUUCAUAAUUAUUGGCUUCUGAAACGUCAUUCUCGUAAUGGAGUUCCACUUAUUCGCCGGCUCCACUCACACCUCCAAGCUCAGAAAACUGAACAGAGGGAGCCAGAUUCUAAGGUUCAGGCAGUGAGGGAAGAACUAAAGUACUGGCAAAAGCUGCGUCAGGACCUGGAGAAAGCUCGCCUCCUGAUUGAGCUCAUUCGCAAGAGGGAGAGGCUCAAACGUGAACAGCUCAAACUACAGCAGGUGGAAAUGGAGCUACAGCUCACUCCAGCACUGGUGCUGCUGCGCUCCACGCUGGAACAGUUGCAGGAGAAAGACACUACAUGCAUUUUUAACUCGCCUGUAAACUUGUGUGAGGUUCCAGAUUAUCUGGAGUUUGUAUCUGAACCUAUGGACUUCUCCACCAUGCGAGAAAAACUGGAGGCGCAUAAUUACCACUCAGUAAAGGAUCUGGAGGCUGACUUCAACUUAAUGGUGUCCAACUGCCUUAAGUACAACUCUAGUGACACUGUAUUCCACAAAGCUGCCAAGCAGCUCCAGAAGGUGGGUGGCAACAUCCUGCGGCAAGCCCAGCGUCAGUCUCUCAGCACAGGCUUGGACAUCACCACAGGCAUGCAUCUUCAAGAUUCAGCAAGCAAACCUGACUCCUGCCAACUGUGCUGGGAUGAGGUGGACAGCCUCCUGAACCCUAAAAACAGAUCUCACAUGUCUUCAGAUGAGCAGCUGCAAAAGCUGCUUGAGAAGCUGAAGAUAGUUUCAUCCAUGUGCACUAGCGGAGAGCGCACCAAACGAAUAAGACUUCUGCGCCGGGAGAUCAACAAUAUACGACACAAGCUCAGCCAUCUGCGAAGAACCUCACGACUGCUCAAUGGCACCAUCAUGGAGAAAGACCAGGAUCAAAAGAAAGGACAGGAUGCCCAAAUUAAAUAUGAAACAACAAUUUUAGAGUCCAAUAAAUGCACAUCUCAAAAAACUCAGGAACCAACCUCCUCUCCUUUACCAGGAGAUGCCCCACCAAAUGCUUUAGUAUUUUGCCCAGGGACAGGAUUGACAACCAUCCCCAAACAGUUUCAUAAAAAGCGGGAGGGUAGGUGCAGGGGGAAAAGAAAAAGCAGAGGAAGAGCUCUUAACAAGGGUCCUAGCCAGACAGUAACAAUAGAGGAUAUUCACCAGCUAAAGGGAGAACACACUCUGUCUGCCUGCUCACAAGAGCAAUCUGUUAACAGAUUUUUCUCUCUGGAGAACCCCUCUACUUUGCUCAGGCUGGGUGUUGGUCGCCGUACAUCCAUCCUUUUUAAGAAAGCUAAAAAUGGGGACAAGUUGACUAAAAGCAAGCCCCUUUCACUCCAAAAUAAAGUGAGUGCUGACCAAACAUGCAACGAAAUACAUCUAAGCUCACUGUGCACACCAUCAGCCCAAAUAUCCUUCUCCUGUUCUCCACAUCAUCUACGUUCACGAGGUCCCAGUGCCAUUCCAGACAGUGAAACAGAAAAAGCGAAUACACCUUUUAAAGAUAACGGAUUAACGAAUGAUAUUAAAAGACAGAGGGACAGCCCCUGGCAUUUUAAAAACUGUUCUCCCUCUCACCAGAACGUCAGUUCUUCACCCCCCAAAUGCAGUCGAGGCAAAGGGGAGAACACAGGGCCCAAAUCAGGCAAGAGCAAACCCCAAAAGCCAAAUGACCUGGAACCACUCAGCUUGGUUUGGGCUAAAUGCAGUGGCUAUCCCUCAUACCCUGCAAUGACGGUAGACCCCCUUAUGCCUAAGGAGGGUAUCCUUCAUAAUGGAAUUCCGAUCCCAGUGCCACAUAAAGACGUGCUGAAACUGGGGAAGCGCAGGCAGAUGGAGACUAAGGACAAACUCUUCCUCGUCUUGUUUUUUGACACAAAGAGAACAUGGCAAUGGCUACCCCUGGGCAAGCUCCAUCCAAUGGGAGUUGAUGACGCUCUGGAUAAGCUUUACUUAAAGGAAGGCAAGAAAUCGAAUGUGCGGAAGUCUGUGCGCAAGGCAUAUGACCGAGCAAUGGCACACCUCAGCCACAUACGGAAAGAUAACCUCAGCCCAUCCUCCUUUAUAUAAAAGUAUUAUAUACAGCAGAUAGUA